GUAUCAGCCAUAGCGUACAUUCGCUACACCACCUGCGACCUGACAGGAUCUGAAGUUCUGCAUCAGAACGACAUUCAGGACCUCCAGCAGCGUUUUAACGAGGUCCGCUGCUGGGUAACCCAUCUGAUCGUCAGCCAGCCCACGGACGACGACCGACGCGACGCUCUCUGCUGCCUUCUGAGGGCGGCAGAGACCUGCUGGAACCUGGCCAACUUCCACGGAGCCGCCCAGCUGAUCGCCGGACUGCGCUCCGGGAAGCUGCGGCCGUUCUGGGCCUCCCUGGCUGAGAAGGAGGAGAUUCCCGUGCUGGACUUUCUCUUCUCGGUGCUGGAGUACGACCUGACGGUGAAGGCGGACGGGGACAUCAACCCGCACUACCUGGCCGCUCUGCAGAGGGCACUGGCCAUCAAACACUGCAAGGUCGUGCCGUUUUUCGGCGUAAUCCUGCGGCGACUCCGGAACAUUCUGAGCCAGUGUCCCAGUCUGAGCGUCGUCAGGGAAACGCCAGCCGAGGACAAGACGGACCGCUCAAAGACGGACGGCGGCAACUUUUGCUCCUUUCUCGGUGUGGGCGGACUGAUGAACAUGGAGAAGCUGCGGCAGGUCCAGCUGGUUGUCGAAGAAAUCCAGGCCUGUCAGUCUCACGCCGCAGAGCAGCACGGCCACCUGGCGCACAAACUCAACAACUUCGACUUCCCGUCACGUGACUGGUCCGAGUGCACGCGGUGCGACGGCGUCUCUCAGGGAGGUUACGAGCCGGUACAGUCCCUGUACGGCGACCCGCGGGUGUCACUGGUACCGAUCUGCUGCCACGUGGACGACCUGGACCUCAACACACUGCAGCUGCUGCAGCACGGUACCACGGUGAUCCGCUGCGACGGAGAGCGGAGCAGCCUGUCCUUCCUGCGCCUGGAGCCGACCAACAGCCUGCUGACCUGGCGGCGACCGGGCUGGGGCUCGGCCGGUGACUGCCAGCUGGGGGUCAGCGCCGAGCAGUCGCUCAGCCCCGGCCUGCUGCUGCGCUACGGGGGCGCCGCCGCCGACCCGGCCGGCCUCUCCAGCGCCGCCGAUGACGGCUUCGUCAGCCUGCUGGCCGUGAAGGAGGUGGGUGCGGCGCGAGACCUCGACUGGCCCCAGCUGGAGCGCCGUUUCGGUCUGGAGGCGCUCGGUCCAGACAGCUCGCUGCGGCUGGUGUUCGGCGCCAGUCUGAGCGACAACCGGACGGUGACGUUUGUGGCGCCGCCGGCGGUGGCGGCGGCCUGGCGCAGCUUGCUGCCGGCGCUGGUCAGCAGGCUGAACGGCCAGCGCAGCAGCGCCCAGCGCCAGCGGCUCUGGCUGAAGGAGCAGUACCUGCAGCUGUACUACGAGGACGGACGCUGCCGGGGACCCACCGCCGUCGAGGCGGCCAAGGCUCUUGGUGGAGGAAGGAGCAUGUUUUAUCAGCUCCGCGACUAUUCGCCCGUGGACCAGAGCUUUCUCAGAAACCCGACGGGAAAACUAAAAAAGAAGCGCUCGUCUUUGGUAAAGGCCUGUGAGGCGAGCUCCGAGCCUCGCCGCAGUCCGUCGCCGCUCUCGUGCAGUCCGCUGGCCGGCCUGACGCCCAGUUCGUCCCAGUGCACGUCUCCGACGGCGGGCCGCAGUCGGCUGCUGGCGACCGGAUCCUCACCGGCGCCGAGCCGAUCCAGAUCGUCAGAGGACGCCGGCCUGGCCGCCAGUGUGGAGAGCGUCAUCAACGCCGGCAGCAGCCCCGUGCGCCGCCUGCUGCCGCCCUUCCUCAGACAGCGGAGCCAGUCGGGCGCCCUGGACGGCCUGCUCGCCCGCCCGGAGUCCGAGGAGACACUCAGCUCGACUGACCAGCUGCUAAUGGCGGACUUUGUCCAGCUGUACACCUCCUUCAGUCGGAUCAUGCGGAAGGACCUGUGGCACCUGUUUGAGCUGUACGCCACGCCCAAGAAGAGCCCGGCCAGGAAGAUAUCGACGAGCACGUCUGACGACGGCAGUCCGCCGGGCGGAGGCAGCGCCCCUGGCGGCCAGCGGAAGAAGCUGCUGGACGGUGUGUCGGCAGCUAUGGUGGUCUGUAACGGCGUAGACGUGGACCGGGCCUCGUCCUGGGUCAUCUCCAUGGAAACGCUGGGGAAGGUGCUGCUCAGCCAGCAGGGAGAGACCGCCGACCGGGAGCACCUCGUCAGGAUUAUCAUGCGCUAUGAGAAGGACCCGAGCCUGCGGGACACGUUGUGUCUGAGUUUCGCCGGCUUCUGCUCGUACCUGCUGGACGAGGCAAACUUUGCGACCUCGGGUGGCGAGCCGACGCCUGCCGAGGACUUCAACUACCCGCUGUCCUACUACUACAUGGCCUCGUCGCACAACACCUACCUGACCGGUCACCAGCUCAAGGGCGAGUCGUCCGUCGAUCUCUACUCGCAGGUACUACUGACGGGCUGUCGGUGCGUCGAGCUAGACUGCUGGGACGGCGAUGACGGCGCCCCGGUCAUCUACCACGGCCACACGUUUACAUCCAAGAUCGGCUUCCGUGCCGUGGUCGAGGCCAUCGGCCAGUCGGCGUUCGUUACCAGCCCGUUCCCCGUGCUGCUCUCCAUCGAAAACCACUGCUCGCUCCAGCAACAGGCCAAGAUGGCGCAGAUCUUCCAGUCGGUUCUCGGCGACAAGCUGGUGAUGCGACCAGUCUGUGAGGCCGAUCUCAGCGACAACCCACGGCUCCCCUCACCCAACCAGCUCAAGUUCCGUGUGCUCAUCAAAAACAAGAAGCUGUGCACGGACGUGCCGCCUCUGCUGCGGCGUGUCAACCAGAGAACCAACUCGGUCGUGUCGUCGAACGCGUCGUCGGCCAGUCUCAACCUGGAGAGCGACGAUGACGACGAUGACGAUGAUGAUGAGCUCUUGUGUGACCGCGAAACCUCCCUGCUGGGUCAUCUCAGCGAUGUGGCCGUUGGUGAAGAGGAGAACGGCAGGCCUCCACAGACCCGGCACAGGUCGACCUCCGAUCUGGACGGAGUCGACGACGGCGGUGUGAAGAAGAAGCACAGCUCCCAGAUCUCCAAGGAGCUCUCCGACCUGGUGGUCUACACGCAGGCCAUCAAGUUCCACGGCUUCAUCUCGCUCAGCCCCAUGUGCGUCAAGCCUAAACCCUCUCAGCGGCGUCGGAUUGCUCUGCAGAGCUCGGCCAGUAUCCCGUCCUCCGGGGGCGGGACGGCCCACCCGCGACCCGACAGCGCCUCCUCCACCGGCUCCGGCGUCCGCAAACCGGUCAUCGUCCACCCCUGCUAUCAGAUCUCCAGCAUCAACGAGACAUCAGCCAAGAAGCUGUGCAGGAAACAGCCUCUCGCCUGCCUGGUGCACACCGAGGUACAAAUCAUGCGCACCUACCCAGCGGCAAUGAGGAUCGAUUCGUCCAACUUCAACCCGGUGCUGUUUUGGGCGUGUGGCAUCCAGUCAGUGGCGCUCAACUAUCAGACCGUAGACUCGGCCCUUCAUGUGAAUCGGGCCAUGUUUUCUCAGACGGGGGACUGUGGGUAUGUCCUAAAGCCGCGUGUGAUGUGGGAUCCGACUCACGUGCUCUACCGCAGGUUCAACCCGUGGGAGAAGAAGUUUGACGGUCUGCAUGUGACCUACCUGACUGUGACCAUCAUCUCUGGCCAGUAUGUGUGUCAGGGAAGCUUCUCAGCCAGCCCGCAGGUUGAGGUCGAGAUUGUCGGAGUUCCCGCCGACAGUGUCAAGUACAAGACCAAGGCCGCUCCUCACAACAGCCUGAACCCGAUCUGGGACGAGACGCUCGUGUUUCGUGUCUGGUUCCGCGAGCUCGCCUUCCUGCGUCUGACGGUGACCGACGCUGGCACGGGCCACCAGUCGGCGCAGAGAACGGUGCCGCUCAGCCAACUGCGGCCCGGCUACCGCCACGUGCGUCUUCACGACGCGCAGGACCGACCGCUGGCCGUCUCGACUCUCUUCAUCUACUCACGGAUGGACGAGGAGGGCUCUGAGCCAGCUGAGGUACCGUGCCGAACCGCUGACGGUGGGCCCUCCGGAGGAGCCGAGGACGAGCUCGACUCGACGGCGCCCUGUCAGCGACCCGGAGGCAGGAGGAAGACGUUCUUCCUGAUGGUCCACGAGGUGACGCCUGAAGAGCCGUACACAAUCGUCCGUGUCACUCAAGAUCACACGACUCGUGAUGUCAUAGCGCAGGCGCUCACCAAGGCGGGAAGGGCGGAGGACAGCGUGGACGACUACGUCCUGAUCGAGUCUGUUGCCACGGACUGGUCGCGCUGCGCCUCCAAGACCACCCUGCAGCGAGUGCUAGCCGCUGAUGAGUCCCCUCUCCGGGCGCAGGCCGCCUGGAAGGGCGAGGGCAUGCUGCUUCUGAAGAAGAUCGGUGACGACCCGAGCUGUCGCGCCUGGGUUUCGACGAUCCAGUCCAGCGGCCGGAGAGACACGCUCGACUCCGCCGACAGCUUCCUGGUGUGUGUCUGUGACGUGGGUCCGAGCAUCCCGUACGCGAUCCUGAAGGCCCCUCGCGCCAGCACUGCGCAGGAGCUGAUCGCGCAGGCUCUGGUGAAGGCUCGCCGUCUCGAGCCUCCCGGACGGUUUGUGCUCGUCGAAGAGCUCGAGUUCGGCCGGAUGGCAUCGGACGCGUCUGGCGCGCGGCGAAAACCGACGCGGACCGAGCGCCGCCGCCUGGCCGACGAUGAGUGUGUGUACGAUGCGCAGCGCGCCUGGCCCACCAUGGGCCGUCUGUACCUGCGCGAACGUCAGUCGCACCUGGAGGAUGGCGGCUCGCGCUGGAGGGGUGCGGCCGAGUCGGCCGCCUGGAGGCUGCGACUCCCUAACCUGGUCGGCUGCUCCAUCGAUAACCGGAGGCACUCCACGGCUACCACCGCCGGCUCCGGAGGUGGCAGUGAGCAGAACGACUUCGGUCCUGUCUCCAGACUACGGAGACUUUCGCGAAAGCUCUCCAAGAAGAAUUAACUGUGAUGGCUGCUACGGCACAAGCAAGGAUCUCUGAUGCUCUAGUCCACUGUUUGGCGUGCGCUCGACAAGCGCCAUGGUUCAGUAUUGUUUGGCGGCAGCUUUUGUCGACAUUUGGCAGUGUUGUGUGUUUGUGGGAGAGUGUUUGUCGGUGAGCGGAGCCCGUGUGGAGGCUCCGGGCCACACCGGCCUGUUUUUGCGCUCCAUUCCAUAUCUGUGUUGUGAUGGCGACGCUAUAGUUUUCUAUAAACUGUUGACAAUCGCUGGCGGCCCACCGUCGUGACAUGGCCCGUAUUUUAAACAUGCUGGUGCUACUUUUGUACCACCCGGUUGUUAUACUGUGUCGGGGCGGGCACUCGGCGGGCGCUGCUGGGAGACGGCGCCGGGCUGUUGUCUUUACUCCGCGACCAUGUGCCUGCGAGUUUUAACGUCCCGGCGACGAGGCGGCUGGCCCGCGUCAUAACGCCACCGGCCGAGUAUACGCACAACUCGCAAUUCUUUAACAGAAUAUACAUUUUACGUCACC